CGAGCGUCUCCAGAGAUGGGGGCGGCCACGGGCACUGCACCGUGCGAUAGGAAAUCGGAAGCCAACAAGGGAAUAAAGGCCGAGGGGCCCUUCUCCUUCCCACACACGCAGAAGCUCGGUCACCGCGCUAGAGGCUCCCGAGCCCUCGCACUGCCGGCCCGCCCCGCCGUGGAGCUGGGGGCGCUGCGGUGCUCGCUCGGCGCCGCCGCCGGGAGGGCCAUGGCGGAGGGGCUGGGAGCAGGGCGGACCUUCAGCCGCCCCACGCCGCCGCCGCAGACGGGCUGGGAGCGGCUCAGCGAGCUGUGGCGGCGAGACGAGCUGCAGCGGUACCCGGAGGAGACGGUGAACAUCAUCAAGUCGGCGUUCACCGGGGGCCUGGUCGGCUGGCUGUACGGCGGCCUGCCCGCCUUCCGCCAGGCGCGGAGGGCCUUCAUCGAGGGCAGCCAGGGAGAGGUGUUCCAGAACCGCGCCGAUGCGGUGCAAUCUGCACACCGUGCUGGACUCAGGAGCUUCAUCCGCUACGGCUGGCGCUGGAGCUGGAGGGUGGCCACCUUCGUGGCCAUAUUCAACGUGGUGAGCACCGGUCUGUCCGUGUACCGCGAUAAAACCACCAUCAGUAAUUUUGCUUCAGCAGGAGCCUUCACAGGAGCUCUCUUCAGAAUGCACUUGGGCCUGCCUGGGCUGGCAGGCGGCUUCCUGUUCGGAACAGCCUUUGGGAUCCCUGCAGGGGGUCUCCUAAUGAUUGCACAGAAAUUUGCUGGUGAGACUCUGCAGGAGAAGCGAAAUCGUGAGCGCAGGGAGCAGUAUGAACAGAAAUUAGCAGAGUGGCAAUCCAGGCUUAGUGUGACUGAAGACUUGGGCAAAAAGGAAAGCGAUGCCCGGAAACAAUCACAGACAGAAAAUAACAGGAGAAUCUAGGAGCUCCUGAGUCUUCCUCAGAUCUCUGUCGUAAGCAGCUAUAAUUUCUACUUAUAAAAGUCUUUGUCCGAAGAGAUAACAAAGUCUUCUGUGAAUGCUGUUGUAUCAUUUGCACUUCUGAAAAACCAGUUUGCUGAAAAUG